AUGUCUCCUUACAAACUUGUGUAUGGGAAUUCUUGUCAUUUACCGACAGAGCAAGAACAUAGGUCUGUGUGGGAAAUGAAGAAGCUAAAUCUGGAUCGGGGUGCAACAUCUACUCAGAGGAUGAAUGACUUGAAUAUGAUGGAUGAGUUUUGCCUACAAUCCUAUGAGAGUUCUACCUUGUACAAAGAGAAAAUGAAGAGGUUGUGCUUUAUUCCGGGAAAACUCAAGUCCAAAUGGAAUGGACCAUUUUUUCUCACCAAAGUUCUCCCUCAUGGAGCGGUUGAGCUCGAAAACAGUGAAGGAACAUGGUUCAUGGUCAACAGUCAAAGGAUCAAGAUUUACAUGGGGAACGAGGAGAGUGUGCAAGAGGUUGUUAAGGACUACUAUCUUGAUGACAUAUGA